UUGUAGCGUUGUCUCGAGAGUCGACCACCACCAUUAUGGCAGUGAUGGGGCUCACCUAAGUGAGUGUGUUAUCGCGCGAUAUGCACACGGUGCUCUUCGUGCCCGCCGUUUACCUUUUGCUCAUUCUCACCCCGUUCUCGACUUCCUGGUGGGCUUUAGGUAGUUAUUUGGUUAUGGAUCCGAAUCAGACUUGCAAAAGAACGAAUUGGUCUCGAGGAAAAAUGGCGGAUAUAUGCAACAACAAGCCGGGCCUGUUGAAUCAGAUAACAAAGGGAAUCGCCCUCGGGCAGUUGGAGUGUCAGUACCAAUUCCGGUACCGAAGGUGGAACUGCACGUCCUCCAGGAGGAGCAUUAAGAAGGUUAUGCUCAGAGACACGAGGGAAACGGGUUUCGUGAACGCCAUCAUAGCAGCUGGAAUAACCUUCCAAAUAACCAGAGCGUGCACCAAAGGGGAGCAAAUCGGCUGCUCGUGCUCGAAGCACAAAAAGAAGAAAAACAAGAAGAAAAACCACCCUCCGUUGCCGGACGGGGACUGGGAAUGGGACGGUUGCGGGGAGAACAUAGAAUUCGGCAUCAAGAAAUCCAAGGACUACCUGGACACGAGGUACAGAAAACGAAGUGAUAUGAAGACUUUAGUGAAAUUACACAACUACGUCGCUGGUCGGCUGGCCAUAAAGAACUACAUGAAGACGGUCUGCAAGUGCCACGGCCUGUCCGGCUCGUGCACGCUGAAGACGUGCACCAGGAGGAUGCCGACCUUCAGGGAGGUGGGCAACCGGCUGAAGGAGCGCUUCGACGGCGCGGCCAAAGUCAUAGCGGGCAACGACGGGCAGAGCUUCAUGCCCGAAGGGGAGACCAUCAAGCCGCCCGGCCGCGCCGACCUGGUGUACUCCGAGGAGUCGCCCUCGUACUGCGCGCCCGACAGCGGCCUCGGCUCCUUCGGGACGCAGGGCAGGGCGUGCAACGACACGUCGCAGGGCGAAGAAGGCUGUGGGAUUUUAUGCUGUGGAAGGGGCUAUUCGACCUACGUCGAAGUGGUUAGGGUUAAUUGUAAUUGUACGUUUAAAUAUUGCUGUGAGGUGCAAUGUGAUACUUGUAAGGUGAGUAAGAGGGUAAAUAUUUGCUUGUGAAUAUUUUUUUUUCACGGACUGAUCGGAGACGGUGAAUUGCGUCAUUGAGAUGUAGC